AGGCUGAGUGCAAUGCCACAAUGUUACCAAUAACUAUUUCCUUAUUUUUCUAUUAACAGGGGGGAAUCUUUUCACCAAGGUUGUCACUAACAGAAAGAAACAGCCAUGGGUGACGGAGAAAUGGCAGUGUUUGGGCCCGCUGCACCCUUCUUACGAAAAUCUGAGAAGGAGAGGUUGGAGGCACAGAACAAGCCUUUUGAUGCCAAGAAUAGCUGUUUUGUUGAGGAGCCCAAGGAGCUGUAUGUAAAAGGUCUCAUCACUGCCCGAGACAGCAGCAAAGUUACUGUAACCACAGAUGAUGGAAAGACUGUGACUGUUAAAGACACUCAAGUCUACCCCCAGAAUCCCCCGAAGUUCGAUAAGAUUGAAGACAUGGCCAUGCUGACUCAUCUAAACGAGGCUUCUGUGCUGUAUAACCUCAAAGAGCGUUACGCAGCCUGGAUGAUCUAUACCUACUCCGGCCUGUUCUGUGUGACUGUGAAUCCCUACAAGUGGCUGCCAGUGUACAACCCCGAGGUGGUGAACGGCUACAGGGGAAAGAAGCGUCAGGAAGCGCCCCCCCACAUUUUCUCAAUCUCUGAUAACGCCUAUCAGUUCAUGUUAACAGAUCGUGAAAACCAGUCUAUCCUGAUUACCGGAGAAUCUGGAGCAGGAAAGACUGUGAACACCAAGCGUGUCAUCCAGUACUUUGCAACAAUUGCUGCUACUGGGGAUGCUGGCAAGAAGAAAGAAUCGGCCAACAGCAUGAAGGGAACUCUGGAAGAUCAAAUCAUCCAGGCCAACCCUCUACUGGAAGCCUUUGGUAACGCAAAGACUGUGAGAAACGACAACUCCUCUCGUUUUGGUAAAUUUAUCAGAAUCCACUUUGGGACCACAGGAAAACUGGCCUCUGCAGAUAUUGAAACAUACCUUCUGGAAAAAUCCAGAGUAACAUUCCAACUGUCAGCUGAGAGAAGCUACCAUAUCUUUUACCAAAUCCUGACCAACAAGAGACCAGAGCUUAUUGAAAUGCUGCUUGUUACAACCAACCCAUAUGACUACCCCUUCAUCAGCCAGGGAGAGAUUGCUGUGAAGAGUAUUGAUGACGAGGAGGAGUUGAUGGCUACAGAUAGUGCCAUCGAUAUUCUGGGAUUUAACUCCGAUGAGAAGAAUGGCAUCUACAAGAUGACUGGAGCAGUCAUGCACCAUGGUAACAUGAGGUUCAAACAGAAGCAGAGAGAGGAGCAGGCUGAGCCCGAUGGCACCGAAGUUGCUGAUAAAAUUGGCUACUUGAUGGGUCUGAACUCUGCUGACUUGCUGAAGGCUUUGUGCUAUCCAAGAGUAAAAGUUGGAAAUGAAUAUGUCACCAAAGGACAGACAGUGCAACAGGUGUACAACGCUAUUGGAGCUCUGAGCAAAUCUGUGUUUGAGAAGUUGUUCUUGUGGAUGGUGACGCGUAUCAAUCAGCAGCUGGACACCAGACUCCCAAGACAGUACUUUAUUGGUGUGCUGGACAUUGCUGGCUUUGAAAUCUUUGAUUAUAACAGCUUGGAACAGCUCUGCAUCAAUUUCACCAACGAAAAACUGCAGCAAUUCUUCAACCACCACAUGUUCGUCCUGGAACAGGAGGAAUAUAAAAAGGAAGGCAUUGAAUGGGAGUUCAUUGACUUUGGUAUGGAUCUGGCUGCCUGUAUCGAACUUAUUGAAAAGCCAAUGGGCAUCUUCUCAAUUCUGGAAGAGGAGUGCAUGUUCCCCAAAGCUACUGACACCUCAUUCAAGAACAAGCUGUAUGACCAGCACUUGGGCAAAUGCAAGAACUUUGAGAAGCCCAAACCUGCCAAGGGGAAGGCCGAAGCUCAUUUCUCCCUCGUACAUUAUGCCGGCACCGUGGACUACAACAUCACCGGCUGGCUUGACAAGAACAAGGACCCCCUGAAUGAGACUGUUGUGGGCCUCUACCAGAAGUCUUCCGUUAAACUCUUGUCCUUCCUCUACUCAUCUUAUGCUGCUGCAGAUGCCGAGGCUGGUGCAAAAAGUGGAAAGAAAAAAAAGGGGUCAUCUUUCCAGACCGUGUCUGCUCUCUUUAGAGAAAACUUGAACAAGCUAAUGACUAACCUGAGAUGCACUCACCCACAUUUUGUGCGUUGUCUGAUUCCCAAUGAGACCAAGACUCCAGGUACCAUGGAGAAUCAUCUUAUCAUCCACCAACUGAGGUGUAACGGUGUGCUGGAAGGCAUUAGAAUCUGCAGAAAAGGAUUUCCAAGCAGAAUUCUUUAUGCUGAUUUCAAGCAACGUUACAAAGUCCUGAACGCCAGUGCAAUUCCAGAUGGCCAGUUUAUUGACAGCAAGAAAGCUGCUGAGAAAUUGUUGGGAUCCAUUGAUGUUGAUCACUCUCAGUAUAAAUUUGGGCACACCAAGGUUUUCUUCAAAGCUGGCCUUUUGGGUGUACUAGAAGAAAUGCGAGAUGACAAGUUGGCCCAACUGAUCACGCGCACUCAGGCUCUCUGCAGAGGAUUCCUUUCAAGAGUUGAAUUCAAGAAGAUGGUGGAAAGAAGAGAUGCUUUGUUUGUCAUCCAGUACAACAUCAGGUCUUUCAUGAACGUCAAACAUUGGCCAUGGAUGAAGCUGUACUUCAAGAUUAAACCUCUACUGAAGAGUGCCGAGACUGAGAAGGAAAUGGCCAACAUGAAGGAGGAGUUUGAGAAGACAAAGGAAGCCCUUAGUAAAUCAGAUAAACGCAGGAAGGAACUAGAAGAGAAAAUGGUUGCCCUCCUGCAAGAAAGAAAUGAUUUACAGCUGCAAGUUCAGUCGGAAUCUGAAAACCUGACUGAUGCAGAAGAGAGAUGUGAAGGUCUCAUCAAAAGCAAAAUUAAUCUUGAAGCUAAAAUCAAGGAGCUCACAGAAAGACUUGAAGAUGAGGAGGAAAGCAAUGCCGAGCUAACUGCCAAGAAAAGGAAACUAGAGGACGAAUGCUCAGAGCUAAAGAAGGAUAUCGAUGACCUGGAACUCACCUUAGCCAAAGUAGAAAAGGAGAAACACGCCACUGAAAAUAAGGUUAAAAACCUUACUGAAGAAAUGGCUGGACUAGAUGAGAACAUCACAAAGAUUACCAAAGAGAAGAAAGCUCUCCAAGAGGCCCAUCAACAAACUCUUGAUGAUCUCCAGGCUGAAGAAGACAAAGUCAAUACUUUAACAAAAGCCAAAACAAAGCUGGAACAGCAAGUGGACGAUCUGGAAGGGUCACUGGAACAAGAGAAGAAACUUCGUCUUGAUCUUGAGAGAGCCAAAAGAAAGCUGGAAGGUGAUCUGAAACUGGCUCAGGAAACAAUCAUGGAUCUAGAAAAUGACAAACAGCAAACAGAUGAAAAAGUCAAAAAGAAGGACUUUGAAAUAAGCCAGCUUCAGGGAAGAAUUGAAGAUGAACAGUCUCUGGGAUCUCAACUGCAGAAAAAGAUCAAGGAACUGCAGGCCCGUAUUGAAGAGGUUGAGGAGGAGAUUGAAGCUGAGCGAGCUGCUCGAGCAAGAGUUGAGAAGCAGAGAGCUGACCUCUCCAGAGAACUGGAGGAAAUCAGUGAAAGACUAGAAGAAGCUGGCGGAGCAACAUCAGCCCAGAUUGAGUUGAACAAGAAACGUGAAGCUGAAUUCCAGAAACUGAGACGGGACCUGGAAGAAUCCACCCUUCAACAUGAAGCUACUUCAGCUGCUCUGCGCAAGAAGCACGCUGAUAGCGUUGCUGAGCUGGGUGAACAGAUUGACAAUCUUCAAAGAGUGAAACAGAAGCUGGAAAAAGAGAAGAGUGAGCUAAAGAUGGAAAUCGAUGACAUGGCCAGCAAUCUGGAGAACGUGUCUAAGUCCAAGGCCAAUCUGGAAAAAGUGAGCCGGAUGCUAGAAGACCAACUGAGUGAGAUAAAGACAAAGGAUGAUGAACACCAAAGGCUAAUUAAUGACCUAUCAGCUCAAAGAGCUCGGUUCCAGACUGAGAAUGGUGAAUUAUCCCGUCACGUAGAAGAAAAAGAAGCUCUGAUUUCUCAGUUGACCAGAGGCAAACAGGGAUUUACUCAACAAACUGAGGAGCUGAAGAGGCAACUGGAAGAGGAAACAAAGGCCAAGAACGCCCUUGCUCACGCUCUGCAAUCCUCCCGCCAUGACUGCGACUUGCUUCGUGAACAGUAUGAGGAGGAACAGGAGGCAAAGGCUGAGCUCCAGCGCGCUUUGUCCAAAGCAAAUGGGGAGGUCGCACAAUGGAGAAACAAAUAUGAGACAGAUGCCAUUCAGCGCACUGAAGAGCUGGAAGAGGCCAAGAAGAAGCUGGCUCAGCGUUUACAGGAAGCUGAAGAGCAGGUGGAGGCCGUGAACUCCAAGUGUGGAUCCCUGGAAAAGACCAAGCAGAGGCUGCAGGCUGAAGUGGAAGAUCUGAUGGUGGAUGUUGAACGAGCAAACAGCGCGGCGGCAGCUCUUGACAAGAAGCAGAGGAACUUCGAUAAGGUCCUCGUAGAAUGGAAGCAGAAGUAUGAAGAAGGCCAAGCUGAACUAGAGGCAGCUCUGAAAGAGUCCCGCACGCUGAGCACCGAGAUCUUUAAAAUGAAGAACGCGUAUGAGGAGGCUUUAGAACAACUGGAAACUCUAAAACGGGAAAACAAGAACCUGCAACAGGAGAUCUCAGAUCUGACUGAACAAAUUGGUGAAUCUGCAAAAUCUAUCAAUGAGCUGGAAAAAGCCAAGAAGGUUGUAGAACAGGAAAAGAACGAUCUGCAAGCAGCCUUGGAGGAAGCGGAGGGAUCUCUGGAGCACGAAGAAGCAAAGAUCCUGCGUAUUCAGCUUGAACUGAACCAGGUGAAAUCGGAGGUAGACAGGAAAAUUGCAGAGAAAGAUGAAGAGAUUGAGCAGCUGAAGCGGAACAGUCAGAGAAUCAUUGAUACUAUGCAGAGUACGCUGGACUCUGAAAUCAGAAGCCGUAAUGAUGCACUCAGACUAAAGAAAAAGAUGGAGGGAGAUCUGAAUGAACUGGAAAUCCAGCUGAGUCACGCCAACCGCCAAGCUGCAGAGGCGCAGAAACAGCUCCGAAAUGUCCAGGCACAGCUGAAGGAUACCCAGCUCCACUUGGAUGAUGCUCUCAGAGGUCAGGAGGACAUGAAAGAGCAACUUGCUGUGGUAGAGCGCAGGAAUAACCUACAACAGGCCGAAAUUGAGGAGAUCAGAUCUGCACUGGAACAGACUGAGAGAUCUAGAAAGAUUGCUGAGCAGGAACUUCUGGAUGCCAGUGAAAGAGUCCAGCUUCUUCACACCCAGAAUACAAGUCUCCUAAACACAAAGAAGAAGCUGGAGAGUGACGCAUCCCAGCUUCAGAAUGAAGUCGAGGAAGCAGUUCAAGAAGCCAGGAAUGCAGAAGAGAAAGCCAAGAAAGCCAUCACUGAUGCUGCUUUAAUGGCUGAGGAACUGAAGAAAGAGCAGGACACAAGUGCACACUUAGAGAGGAUGAAGAAGAAUCUGGAACAGACAGUGAAGGACCUUCAGCUUCGUUUGGAUGAAGCUGAGCAGCUGGCCAUGAAAGGAGGCAAGAAGCAGCUCCAGAAACUGGAAGCAAGGGUCCGUGAACUGGAGAAUGAAUUAGAUAAUGAACAGAAGCGUGGUGCAGAGGCAGUGAAGGGCGUGCGCAAAUACGAAAGGAGACUGAAGGAACUGACUUACCAGACUGAAGAAGACAGAAAGAAUGUCCUAAGACUGCAGGACCUGGUGGACAAGCUCCAGCUGAAAGUUAAGGCCUACAAGAGACAGGCUGAGGAGUCGGAGGAACAGGCCAACGCACACCUCACCCGCUUUAGAAAGGUCCAACAUGAGCUGGAAGAGGCAGAGGAGAGGGCAGACAUUGCAGAAUCGCAAGUGAAUAAGCUGAGGGCAAAAAGUCGCGAUAUCAGCAGCAAGAAAGGAGAAAGCGAGGAAUAAAGAAUUUAGCCUGUUCAGAAGAAUCAGAAAUUUGCAGAAUGUGAAUUUCUUUCUUCUCUAAAAUCCCUGUCUUCAUUUCAUACCUUCUCCAAAUAUAAAUAAACAAUCUCU